AUGGCAGAUACGGAAACGGCGGCCACCGACCUCUCCUCUGCGACGGCCUCGCCGCCGCCGCCACCGCCGCCUCCUCCGCCGGACGAGGCGGAGGUGCUGGACAUUGCGGUGGCCGUGAAGAAGAAGCGGAGGCCGUACCGGCACAAGAAGUUCGGCUGCACGGUGGCCGAGCAGAUCAUGAAGGCGGUGGCCGCCACCAAGGAGCGGCGCGGGCUGUCGGUGGCCGCCAUGAAGAAGAUGCUGUCGGCUAGCGGCUACAACCUGGCCCGCAACAACUCGCGGGUCAACCGGGCCGUGCGUAGCCUGGUCAGCAAAGGCUCGCUGGUGCAGACGGCGGGCUCCGGCGCCUCGGGCUCGGUCAGGCUCGGCGGCAGCCUGGAGGAGACGGCGCCGGCGGGCAGGAUGCCGUCUAGCGCGGCCACCCGCAGGGCGGCGUUGGCCAGAAGACGGGCGGCCAGGAAGCCCCGGAGGCUGAGGUCGAGGGGCAGGAAAAGGAGACGCCACAGGUUGAAGAGAGCGGGCAGGAACCGCAGAAAGUCCGGCGCCUUGAGAAAGGCGACUCACUGGAAAGCUGCCCGGGUGAAGAGAGCGCUGGCCAGCGGCCGGAGCUCCAGAAGGGUCAAGGCGGCGGCGAUGAGCGCACCGCACAGCGUGAACCCGACAGACUUGGUGGAUCAAAAACCGACUCUUUCCAAAACCGUUGAACCGGACAAAAGCUGA